AUGUAUCCCCCUUCCAAACGGCGACGCCUCACCAACGAGGUCCAAUUCCCGGAAUUUGAUGGAGACCCUUCCACCCUGUCAUCCCCGCAGAAUACCAACAAUAUGAAUAAUGAAUGGCCUGUCCAAAUGCAGGGCCACGCUCCUGCAUAUACUCCCUCCGAUUCCACAGACGGCCCUUCUUUCGCCUCCCCACUCGGCACCUCCAGUUGGGCCCACGAUGGGUUCUCGCAUGAUCCGGGGUUCCUUGCAUCGCAGGAAGAGCUAAGAUGCAUGCUCUUCACUGUCGCCCACUCCGCCGCGCCGACACGGGCACCGAGUCCGGAUGAACAUGAGCAAGAAGCCGAGGGGUCGCACUACAGGGAACGAUUGCAAUUGCGACCGGCAUUUUCAAACAUACGCCGAGUUCGAUACUUGAAGAAUUAUGUCGGACAGGUGGCGCCCUGGCUCGACAUGUUCGACUCCCAGUGUACCUUUCGCGUUCAGAUACCCGCCCUCGCUCGGACUUUUCCCGCGCUACUCAAUGCGGUGCUUGCAAUUUCAGCCCGACAAAUGGAACGGAAAGAGGCCCCCCUGCUACAAAUGCGGGACCCCAAGGUCGUUGCUGCUUGUGUGCUACUUUGCUGCCUCGAGAUGAUGUCGGCGCGUGCACAGGACUGGCGGAAACAUUUGGAAGGCUGUACUGCAUUGUUUGAGGCCUUUGAAAUACAUGGCUUCAGCGGGGGCAUACUACAGGCGGUGUUUUGGUGCUACGUUCGAAUGGAUGUGUGUGGUGCAUUGAUUUCUGAUGGCACAGAAAGCACCCUUCUUCGUCCUAGUAAAUGGCUUGCGCCGGAUUGCCACGAAGAUGAUGUGGCGCGGCUAUUCCAGGCCGCACAAUCCCCAGACAUGCAUGCAAAUUAUGCCGUGUAUCUCUGUGCAAAGACAUGCGAACUGGUCUCAGACCGCACCCAGUUUAUCGAACUGGGCGUACAGAAUGACUGCACUGGCGAAACAUUCAAUCGUCGUUGGCUUCGAUUAUGGGAUGACCUGCAACAGUGGGUUGAGGAUCGGCCUUCGGAGCUAUUACCAGUUCACACUAGCUCAACGAAGCCCUUCCCUCAUAUCCUGUUCCUACACUGGGCGGCAAUCUCAUCGAAUCAGCUCUAUCACACAGCAUGUAUUCUGCUUCUCAAUACAAUGCCCAAGGCCAUUAAGCUCCGAUCAGCGCCGAUUGUUUCUCCAUUGUGGCAUGCUCGGCGAAUUUGCGGUAUAUCUCUCGCGAAUCCACACCAGGGAUGUUUGAACAACGCUAUACAACCACUGUGGAUUGCAGGCCGACUUUUCAGCCACGUCUCAGAACAUACGGUUAUAAUCGAUAUUAUUCGGAAGAUAGAGGCCGAGACUGGUUGGGGUGCCUGUUGGCGUAUUCGCGAUCUUGAGCUUGCUUGGGGGUACCAAUUUUCGCGUCGUCAUCGGUCCUCCACCCAGCGGCUGGCAUCUACAGCGGGAUGA